UCUCUGCCCAAGCAGGCACUGCGAUUCCGUGGGGUGUCAGGAUCCACUUACAGCUGAGGCAGGCGUGGAGACAAGCUGGUCUGUGCAGAACUGAGCCCAGCUGGGACUGCACCCUGGGGUGACCUGGAUUCCUCCGGAGGGUCCCAGCAGCACACACACAGCCAUGCACUGCCCAGCCGCGCUCCUGUUCCUCCUCCUGGCCAGUGGGGCUGAGGCCUUUCGCAUCUGCGCCUUCAACGCCCAGCGGCUGACGCUUGCCAAGGUGGCCAAGGAGCAUGUGAUGGACACCUUAGUUCGGAUCCUGGCUCGCUGUGACAUCAUGGUGCUGCAGGAGGUGGUGGAUCCUUCUGGCAGUGCUAUCUCCCUGCUGCUUCGAGAACUCAAGCGAUUCGAUGGCUCUGGGCCCUACGACUUCCUAAGCAGCGCCCAGCUGGGGCGCAGCACAUACAAAGAGAAGUACGUGUAUAUCUACCGGUCCCACAAGACGCAGGUCCUGGAUUCCUACACGUACGACGACAAGUAUGACCGCUUUGCCCGGGAGCCCUUUGUGGCCCAGUUCACUUUGCCCAGCAAGGGUAGGAGGGGAAGAAGGGUGGCCCUGCUCUGUGGGCGGGGGAAGGGAGUCUGGCUGGCUCUUCCGGGGGCUUGGUCACCCGCAGGAGGCUGGUCAGAGAACGGCCAGGAGUGGGUGGGAACCCUCCAUCCCUGGGGCUUCACAGUCCUUCCCAGCCUGGUGCUGGUCCCGCUGCACACCACUCCGAAGGACGUAGAGACGGAGCUGAACGCCCUGUACGACGUGUUUCUGGAUGUCUCCCAGCACUGGCAGAGCAAGGACGUGAUCCUGCUCGGGGACUUCAAUGCUGACUGCGCUUCGCUGACCAAAAAGCGCCUGGAUGAGCUGGUGCUGCGGACUCAGGCAGGCUUCCACUGGGCGAUUGCUGAUGGGGAGGACACCACAGUGCGGGCCAGCACCCACUGCACCUAUGACCGCAUCGUGCUGCACGGGGAGCGCUGCCAGAGCCUGCUGCGUGCCGCGGCCGCCUUUGACUUCCCCAGGAGGUUCCAGCUCACCGAGGAGAAAGUAAAGUGGUGGGGCAGGAACAGGGUCACCGAGAAGUCCCUCAGCCCCGACACUAACACUUUGUCCCACUGCCCAUCCCCAGGCUCUCAACAUCAGCGAUCACUACCCUGUGGAGGUGGAGCUGAGCCGGGCGGCAUGCAGGGUCCAGCCCCUUGGCCUGCCUGCUUUCUUGCUUCUGUCGCUGCUGCUGCCACUCCUGCCCCCCCAGCUGGACCUAGUGGCCUGAACCGCCCAACGCCUGCUGUCCACAGAUGUGACGACUACACUGCCUUCAGGACUCACACCCUGGCUUCCCCUGUCUAUCCUGUCCUGGGGCCAAAGUGACUCCUGAGGGGCUUCAACUGCAGCCCUGCCCCAUCGGACUGUAGCCCUCCUCCACCAGACUGCAGCCCUGCCCAGCCCUGCUCCAUCCGACUGCAGCCCUACCCAGCCCUCCUCCAUCGGACUGCAGCCCUUCUCCAUCUGCCUUUUCUUUGGUUUGGCUUGUGUUCUUCAGUUGGGCCUGUGCCUGGCA